UGUCCCCCCCAGGGAGCCCCGCAGCCCCCCGGCCAUGGAGGGACCCUCAGUGCUGAGCCCCCCAGGGCCCCCCCGUGGGAGAAGCGCCGCGCGUGGGUCCGGCAGAGCCGGGGCUGGGGGGUCCCCCCGACCCCCCCCCCGGCACCAGGAGGAGGAGGAGGAGGAGGGGGCGGCCACACCCCCGUGGGACCCCCCGGAGCCGCCCCCGCCCCUGGACAGCGCCGUCCGCGAAGGGUGGGGGAGCAGCGGCGAGGACGAGCUGGCCCGGGGGGCUGAAGCUCUUCCGCUCCGGGGGAGCCCCGAGGCCGCGGGCAGGUGAGAUUUGGGGGGCCCGGGGGGGGCCGUCCCCGCGUGUGUCACCGUCAGUGUCCCCUCCCCGCCCUCAGGCCCCGCGGGACGAGCUCCCGACGAGGGGGGGGCACAGCAUGGCCGCCAGUGCCCCCCCCGGCGCCCCCCCCCGCCUCGCCACCACCACCGGCUCCAGCGUGUCGGAGGUGCUGCGCUGGUGGCAGUCGGACGCCGAGGAGAUCCUCUACAACCUGGGCUUCGUGGGGGGAGACCCCCCGGGGGUCGCGUCCCGGGUCCCCCCCCGCUUCUUCUCCCGCCCCCUCCCGCGCCGCGGCAUCGACUUCCAGCUCUUCCUGCGCUCCCAAGUGCGGCGGAUGGAGACGGAGGAUCCCUGCCUGCUCCUGGCCAGUCGCUUCCAGCAGCUCCAGGCUCUCGCCGCCACGGCCGACGCCUUUUUCUGCCUCUACUCGCACGUGUCGCGGACCCCCCCUGCAGCGCAUCGCCCCCCCGGCCCUAUCGCGACAUGGCCGGCACCGCCCCCCGGCCCUAUCGCGACAUGGCCGGCACCGCCCCCCGGCCCCUAUCGCGACACCCCCGGCACCGCCCCCCGGCCCUAUCGCGACAUGCCCCCCCCCCCGCGGGGGGCGGUUCAAGCGGGCGGUGUCCUCGCUGUGCCUCCACACGACCCCCCCGGGGGGGGACGGGGACACCCCUCGGGGGUCCCGCCCGGGCCCCCCCACACCCCCCCCAGCGCCCCGGGGGUCUUGGGGGGCCCGGGGGGGGGCUCGGGAGGAGCCGGGGGGGGUCUCCGGGGGGGGGUCGGAGGGACGGGGACACGGGGGGGGUCUCCGGGGGGGGUCGGAGGGACGGGGACACGGGGGGGGUCCCCGGGGGGGGGUCGGAGGCCGGGGACACGGUUCCAGCCCUGGGGGUCCCCGCGUGUCCCCGUCAGGGCGGUGCGGACCCCGCGGGGGGCUGCGGGGGGCGGGGGGGGCUGUCCCCGAGGCCCCCCCCCCUGGGGACAGCGUGGGGACACUCGGAGGGGUCCCCUCCCCACGGGUGGGGGAGCGGGGACACCCCCGGGGCCGGGGGAGCAGCGCGGGGGGGCACGAGGGACCCCCGGGCGGGCCCCCCCCCGGGCCGGUGUCACCCUGUCCCCAACCCGGGGGAGGGCGGCGUGUCCCGGGUGUCCCCUCGGGGGGUGACCCCGCGGCCCCCCCGGGCUCGGACACCCCAAAAUCCGGCGGG